AUGACGCACAACACGACACACGCCAGAAACGAUGCAUCCAGUUUGCGUGCGCCGCGAACCCACCGCAACGCCAAGCCUGUUGAGGCACCGAAACUCCAGGAUCAGGCCAUCGAGUCCAAGCCUGAUGCGCCUCGGAAGCGGUGCAUCAAGUUUGCUUGCCCUGCUCCUCGACCUGUCAAUCAAUCCACCCCUCCCCAACACGUUGAGCACCUUGAGGCUGCCGCUUCUCGUCUGCAGCCCCAGACCCCCGACAGCUCUCCCGCCACUGUCAGGAAGCAUCGUUUCUCCUCGAGCCACUCACGGUCUCCCCGCCCCCCGGGGGCGCGCCGCUCCUCCCGCGACCCCGCUCGCAGGCCCAUGUCCACCAAGAAGUACAUUACUGUGGACGACAAGGAUCUUCAGAAUGAGGCGUCCCGCUUCCACGAGUUUGCCAGCGACGACCACUGUGACGAGGACUGGAUGCGAGAGACUGUUCCUGUUGCAGGCCGCAAGAUGACCAAGCUGAAGAGGAGGCUGAUGAAGAGGAAAACGAUGACGAGACGGCCAUCGAUGACGAUGACGAUCUCAACCGCCACCGCCGGCGAAGAGGAGGACGAUGAGGAGGACGAGGAUGAGGACGAUGACGACAUUGACGACGGUCUCUCCGGCUACGUUACUGAGGAUGAGGACGAUGAUUCGAUCGGUUAUCACACUGACGAAGAGACUGGCUUUGCCGACUCAGACGACGAGGCUGAUGACGAUCUUCAGCUCUGGACUCCCGCGCAGCCCGCCCUCCGCCUUUCCGGUCUGUCAUCUACAACCCCCGUCGGACGUCGUGCGUCUAUCGGCCAUCAGUCCGAUUCCUCCCUCGGCUCUAUCAGCAGCGUCCGGGCUGUCCGUUCCGGCAAGUCUCGUCGCAUCAAGAUCCGCCCCGGCACUCCUGAGCUUCCUGACAGUACCGAUUUUGUCUGCGGUACCCUUGAUGAGGACCGUCCCAUCGAAGACGCGUAUCUCUCGUGUCUUGCUGCCCGCAGGCGUGAGAAGCUUCACGUCAUUCCUCAAGACAUCGACCCUAGUUUCCCUGCGUCGGAGCCCGAAGACAACGGCGAAGAAGAGCUUUACAACCCUGUGAAGCACGCCAGCGACGACGAUGACGUCUGGCUGCACGGCGAGAUGGAUGACCUUGACCACCAGCAAGAGAGACGCAGCCGCAAGAAGAAAAGCGAGCAUAGCUCGCCCAAGCGUCGUCAGGUCACCGCCUGCGUCUCUGCGUACCGGCCUCAGGCCAUCGCCUUUCAAGGAGCUCGCCUUCCGCCCGGGUCUCACCAUGACCAAGUCGCUGCCUCGCCAGCCGCAUGGUUCAAUAUGCGCAACGGCCGUCGCAACAAGGCAUUGAUGCCCAACGCUCACGACAACGAUGUUCACAUUCGUAGUGCCAUCGACAUUGUCAAGGGGUUGGAACAGAAGCGCCAACGUCGCAAGGAGAAGUACUACCAGAAAUACUGCAACCGCGCCCGUAAGGGACAGAAGCCAGAGCGCAAGCCCAUGCCUGGCAUGGGCGCGUUCGCAUGA